CGGAUUUCCAUUGCUCAUGUCUGGAUGAAGAGUCGCGGGAAAUUGGAACUAAAUCGAUGCCAGUUUGAUCGAGCAGCAAAAUAAACUUGCGAUGGAUGAAACGGCAGGGUUAAAUAUCGCACUGUAAGGGUCGACUGGAGAGAAUGGAGAACAAGUUGGAUGAUAUCCUGCACUGUGAUGACAAGCUAAAAACUACGUUGCACUGUGAUGACAAGGAGAAGCUCCGCAGGAAGCUGGUCCUGUUACAAAGGGAAUACCACAGGACAGUGCAGAGACUAAAGCGCGCUGAGCAUUCUGAGGCGGUGCGGAGUCAUGUGAGGAGCAGGAUCACAGAGCAGAACCUCCACACCCAGAGUGGCCCAGGGCUCAUAUCUGGCACCUGUCCCACCCCGUCCUCUUCUUGUCUAACACCAGACACUCGUACCAGGACCACCCCGGGCUCGUCCCAGGGUCACGAACAAGCUGGAGGCCCAGAUGACUCUGAUAACUCCAGGAAGAAUCAAGUCAUCAGGUUCGUUCUCCCCUCAGAUGUUGCGUGCCCUCCAACCCCUGACCCCGGCCAUGGCCUCGAUCCAAGUGGAGGCCACAAAGCAAGUCCGGCGCUCCGCCUCCGGUCACGACGCAGCCGCCUGCGCUGGGAGAGGAGACGGAGGAGUGCUGAGGCUGGAGGGAGUACAGACAACAGUGAGGAAGGAGUUGAGGGAGAGGUGGAGAAAGAGAAAGAGAAAACAGAGGAGAUGACAGUUGUGAGUGAAAGUGAAGAACUGCAUGCUGGUUCAGAGUCUCCCUCACUGUUGCUUUCACACUGGAACUCGCAUGGACACAGUGGAGUGGAGGAGGUGGAGGGAACGGAGAGACGAAGCCAAGAGCAAAGGGAAAGAAAGACUGAGUUAAGAGAUGAAGAGAGCAAAGAAUCUGAGUCACCGUCUUUACUGCUCCCAUGCUGGAGCCCAGCCAUAGAGACUGAAGGUGGCAGACAAGACAGCACAGACGGCAUAGGAGAAGAGACAGGGGGAGGAGAGGAGGAUGAGACGACUGGAGAACGACAGCCAUGUGCAGAGCUGUGUGAAGUAAACAGAAGUGAAGAUGAACAAAAUGCAGGAGAGAAAAUGGAAAAUGGAAAAAGUGACAGGGGAGAAAAGAAUGAAGGACUUGACAAGGUAGCAGCAGAGCGUGAUGAGGAGGGGGCAGGCCUCUUGGACUCCUGCACUCUGGUGGAGGGGCUACUUUUUCCAGUGGAGUACUACGUUCGAACCACAAGGCGUAUGACAAUCUCACAGAGCCAACCUGACAUGCAGGCGAUUAUACUGUCCCAGCUCACUGGGGGGCGGCGGAGCAGAGGUCGGGGUCGGGGUCGGGGCAGAGUGUGCAACAGAAGUGCGCACCAAGACAGGCACACUGACACCAACCAACAGCCACAUCAACACACUCAAACAAACUUUUCCUCUUCUCACACAUCUGAUCAUCUUACCAGCAACAGUCAGAGCUCCAGCGACAUCAGUCAAAUCCCAGCCAGUCAGACCAAUUCAGGUGUUUUUUCCUCCACCACAGCCUGCACCACGCGUUCAGUGAGAGGCAGAAGGAAGAGUAGAGGUAGGGGUAGAGGGAAAGCGCCAAGCUCACGGUGCUCUUUCAGUUUAGACACUAUUCAUCCGAGCCUGGGACAGACCACAGACAAUCCCCAGCCUACCAGCACCACCACCUCUUUGUCUCCGUCUCUCUCUGGGACUGACGGGCCAGAGCGCUGCCUGAGUUUAGAGGAUCCAGGUGCGGCUCCACACCCUCCUCAGCCUCCGUCUGUCCACACUGCAGCCACCCAGCCUUCCUCUGGGGUUGACAGACUUGAAUCCAGCCCUGCCUCUGGAUCUCUGGAGAAUGUCUAUCCUAUCUUCCAGAAGAAGUGCUCUGGAACCAAGAAACCUCCACAGAUGAACAAAAUGAGUUGGCAGUCUCUUCUCUUGCCCUCCUCUCCAUCUCCUCGGACCACUCUGCUCCCUCUUCCCUCUCUGGCCCCUGGCCCACUGGUCAACAACCUGGCAAGCUUUGAUUUCCAACAGGAUUUCCAUCUCCCUGAUGACCAGUUUGCCUCCCUCAAGCUGCACAAGCUCCGCCAAGUCACAACAGCAGUAGAACAUUUCACGCCCCCUUCUUACAAUACACGCAGCAGCCGGCAUAUUAACGCGCUCUACAGUGGCAGCAGCAGCAGUGAGCAAGUAGCGCCUCUUUCCCUGCCACUCAGUCUCACUCCCAGUAUCCCAAAUUCACCCCACCUUCCUGAACAAACACAAGUGCCUAUACAGUCUGAAGGCCUGUCUACAGUGUUGAAUACACUUCAGCUUGCGGACAACCUGACAGACAAACCUUCAACUGAAGAUCCAUCAACUAGAGAUACUUCAGAACACCCUGGAGACCAGCAGCCUGAAAACCUACAUAGUGAGCACCAGUCAGACACCAGCUCAGAAUCCAUGUCACUGUCAGCCACCGAUUGUCAGUCUAAGGAGCAAGACACUAUAAAUGCAUGUACUCAUGACCAAAGUUCUACCAGCAGUGUCACUCAUAAACAAAUAGGCCACCAUUUCACACAACAGCCUGAUAAGCACUGUCCAGCACUACCUGCAGACCAUUUUGGAGGCAAAAUGAAGGAUUUAGUCAUGCGUUCAGAUGAAAUUUCCACAGUGGGACAAUCAUCCAUCAUGUCAACAGAGAAGCAAACAGAUGGCCCUGGUGUAGUCCACCAUUUGGAGGAGCAGAGGUCUACAAACCAAACAGAAGACAAGCCUGUCGAAAAGACUCUUUUCACCUCCCCGAGGGAAAUGCCGGAAGAUUGUUCAAACAACUGCUCCACUACGCAGAUAUGCAAAGACACUGACACUCCAGGAGAGUGUUCCUCUGGUUGUCCAAAUGUGGAAAGUCUGGACAAAGAGUCUUCCAAGUGUUUGAUGGUGGACCGUUUUGAACCCAACAGUAAACUGCCCACAGACAGACUGGUGGCUAACCCUGCUCAGUGUUCACCGCACCCCCCUGCCCGCUCCCAGCUCCUAAUUAGCCCUACUGUGGCCUCUCCACCCUGCCCCUUCCUGAACCCCCACCUGCUCUCCUCUGCUGCUCUCACCUCCAGCCCGCCCCUCCCAUCCCUAGGAGAGACGCCUCACCCCGUCGCUGCUGCCCUCCCCCUGACUCUGUCUCACUCUGGCCCAGCUCUCACCCAGCCUCCGCCUCACAGCCCGUCCACCCUCUCUCCCAGCACAUCCUUCAUUCGCCUGCCCUCCACUCCGUCCCCUGUCCCCUGCUCCAGGCACAUUCAGGUGUCAUCUGAUCCACCAGCAGCAGCCCGUCAGUGCCAGAGUGUCGUACCUGGUCCCUGCCAACCUGAGCCUUGUUUCCAGAUGCAAGGCACAGGUGAGCAGGCGAGCUGCGGUAUCGAGAGCGAGGAUGGAAAUGGACAAGUUGAGCAAACAAAGGAGAUGGCAGAGGAGCACAUUAUGAGAUGCACACAUGUUUUAAAGGCCCCAGCUGGAGGCUGUCUGGUGGAUGCAUGCUGUCUGCCUGGACCAUCAGGAAGUUUGUAUGUGGCAGCAGCAGGAAAGUGGGCGGUGUGUGUGUGGGAUCACACUGCAGCAUCUGACUGGAGCUUAAUGCACACCUGGACAUUCGAUGAGCCAGUGAUCAGUGUGUUCCCUGUCCCGGAUGCUGUUGGGCUGAUGUGUGUGACUUUGGGUCAGCUGGAAAUCAGAGAAGUUAGGAUGUUGUCCUGCUCCAGCCGCUUGCAGGUGCUGCUGUGUGAGGGGUUGGUCCAGGCUGUUGUGGGUGUGGCGAGGUCCAGAGUGGUUAGCUCCUCCCACUCAGCGACCAGUUCCACCUUGCAGCUGUUCACUCUGUCAGAAGACAGCAGUGCACCCAUCUCUCAGCCUCUUACGUCCCCUGGUGUGUGUGUCGAGGCCCUGGCUGCAGUGGACGGGCUUUCAGACGCUCUGAUUGGCUCGGCUGAAGGUGGACAUCUCUUUAUCUGGAAUCUGAGGACUGGGCAGCUGUUACAGAGGAUCAUCCUCAGAGAAGGAUUAUCAUACACCGCCUGUCUCAGAGGAUACACCCACGGUGGGGUGUUACUUGUCCUGCUGCAGCAUCAGCUGCUCAGCUCUUUGGAAGAGGAAGAGAAAGAGGCCAAAAAGACAAAAGAGCAAAUGUUUUCCAAGGAGGAGCAGGAAGAGGAGAGGAAGAGAACGGCUCUGUUGUCCUUGGUUGCUGUUAAUCCCUUGAAUGGCAGAUCUGCACUCGCUACUCACAUCUGUACACCCAAAACCUGGAGUGGCAGGCUGUGUGAGGCAGAUGUUCUUGGCUCCCGUGUGGUGGGUCUGAGCCAGAGCGGCUGUGUGUUUGUGUGGGAGCUGGUGGGCCGCAGGGGCUCCAGGCUGGUCUGGACUCCAGAGACUGAAGGCUGGCAGCUGGCCCGCUGGGGGGGGCAGGACACCCUGAUAACUGGACAUCACAACGGAGACCUCACUCUGCACCGCUACACCUGUGUAAGAGACUAAAACAAUGCCACGCCUCACUUUAUAUUCAUCAUGUGUGAAUGUUGAUCUGUCACUGUACUGUAUGAGUCUGUGUGGUUUUAGAAGAGCCUCUGCUGUGAGACACUACUGAAGCUGGUACUGUAACAAAUAUAAUUUUAUUUUAAAUAUUUAGCAUUUACCCGGCACUGUUGUGUCCAAAUAAAAAAAAAUGCCAAAGAGCAAACAGGUUGUUGCUCUGUUUUCUAAAGAACCACUAGGCUAAGCCAACUUGUCACGAAAUGGAAACUGAAGUCAGUGGAGAGUGAGGUGACACUGUUGUGCUGGUUUUACUCCAGCAUUCGGAAAUAACGUACUGACAUGUCACACACAGGACCCAGAAAGAUGAGCAUCUCUGUUUGAAGAUGUCAGCUAUGGGGUUUUACGUUUUAGACAGCUGUAAUUUAGGUCUGACUGUUUUUAAGGCUGCUAUUGGAACUCUCUUUACUUGAAUGCUUGUAUUUGUUUGUAUGUUUAAAGAAAAGGAACUGUUCAGUGUAUCUGAUGUUGUUUUUUGGUCAUUUACAUUAAACAUUUGUUUAUUUUUAAAA